AUGAACAACAACUUGGAGAAGGCAGGAGAUGAUGGUGUCCACGGCGACAAAAAGGAGACUGCGCGGACAUCCAACGAAGAGGGUGUCAACCCGGACCGCCCCAAUCACAAUGAGACGGCCAACCAUGCCAACAAUGACGAACAGCCACCAGAGUCAACGAACAACGAGUCGAACGCCCGUGAACCAAGCCCUGCCAAAGAUCCGAACUACGACGGUUCAAGGCAGCGUAUCCCAGGGCUUUCCAGAGAAGGCUUGCUUGAAGGAGAACAGGACGAGAGUGAAGCGGAAGGGCUGAAUUACUACGACGACAGUGUGCGUGCGGACUUAAACCACUUUUCUGGGCUGCUUCCAGAGAACACCUCACUCAAGACUUCCGCGGGCAACAAGUAA